GCUCAAGGAAAGAGAGCGAUACCCCGUCCUCUUGCGGCUCGCAAGCGCCUCGCCAAGUAAAUUUAGCCUACAUGUUCUGAAGUCAUGCCAGCUCCUCCGACUUACGCGGCCCUCAUCUUCGCCGCCAUUGUGAUCCCCGCCUGCGUCCACGCCAGGACAGAGCUGGUGCAGCGCAAGGGCACGCUGCGGGCGACGGUCGACAAGGAUCUGUUCUACAGCAAUCUGCGCGACGCCUUAGGUGAUACGCUGGGCUGCGGAGAGGAUGUUCCUGAGAAGAGGAAGGAGAAGCUGGCCGCCAUCGAGAGGAGGCUGCUGCCGAUCUGGAAGUCCCUGCCGAAGAGCGCCAGCGGGCGCAUCGAGCGACCCCUCCUCCGAUACAUCGCUCACCGCUACUUCGUGGGCGCCUCCUCGAUCAUGAUCCGCGGCUUCGAGCGCUCCCUGCAGCCUAACCAGUCCUUCGUGGGCUCCGCGGACAUCCUGAGCCGGCAGGUGCCCGCGUACUUGGAGGCGGCGUUGGAGUCGCAGCACGCGCAGGAGCACGGCUUCGACCUGCACGACGCAGUGCACAUGGUGGCGAUGCUGAGGAAGCUCAUCUCCGACUCCGACGCCGCGUUGCUCGAGAAGGUCUACGAGGCGCAGCGGAAGUCCACGGCCAGGCCGCUCACGCGCGCUGGUCUCGAGCAGGUGCUGCACGAGUACAUGGUGCACUGGCUGCUUGGGGACGACACGGAGUCGAUCCAGUCGUUCCUGGACGACAGGUACAGGCUGGACCAGGCCUUCCCGCGUUGGUCCGAAAUCACGGGGCUGCAACUGGGAGAGAUUCGGGCGUUCGACUUCGAGCGGGGCCGCACCGGGGCGGGGACGAUGCUGUCCGGGUACUCCUUCGGCGACGCCCAGGAGGUGGUGGGGCGGAUCACCUCCUCCUUCGCCUCGUUCUGGGACGACGAGUGCUCCGACAUGAGGGACAAGCUCGUCGCCAUGGACCAGCACCACACGGGCCGCGUGCCCCUGAGCCGCUUCUACUCCCGGAGGCUGAGCGCGGAGUGGCGCUUCGCGGAGUCCGAGGACUACCUGCGCGAGCUGGGCGCGCUGGACGAGACCUCCCGGUGGCACGGCAAGGAGGUGAUCAUCCCGAACUACAUCGGGGCCGCGUCGAACUGCAUCGUGGCCACGCCGCACUACCUCGUGUGCUGCGCGGACUCCUGCGAGGGCAUCCUCGGGGAGCUGGAGGCCCGAAUCAGCGCGGCCGUGGCGCCCCCGGCCGAGAUCCUGGCGCUCGUCGGGAACAUGUCGUCCCAGACCUCCCUGGACGACGAGGAGCCCCCGAAGCUCAAGGGGUCGCUCUCGCGGCAGCUCGACCAGAUCGCCUCCGCGCACGGGGGCAAGGUCCCGCUGCAUGGGCGCCUCUUCGCGCAGUGGCUGCACUACGCCUUCCCGCGCGAGUGCCCCUUCCCGCACAGGACUGGUGCCACGUCGCAGAAGGCUCCCAGCGAAUUCGGCGACUACGUCGUGAGUGAGCACGACCGGAGGAAGCACGCCGAAGCCCAGCUCGAGAUGCCCGUGGAGGUGCAGAAAGAGGACGCGCAGUGGAUGUCCCAGUGGAGCUCGGAGGAGGAGCUCCGGUCGGAGUACGCCAUGGAUCUCCGCGCUCCUUGGGAGGUGCGCCCCCUGGCGGGCGCCGUGGCCCUGCUCCUGCUCGUCGCGGCGGGCUUCGCGGCCGCCUUUGGGCGGUCCGCCGGCUCGAAGGCCUCCGGCUCGCUGCUGCCGCAGCGGCAGGGCAAGGCCCACUUCAUAUGAGCCCCGCCAGCGGGCGCGCUCGCGCGAGUUUCUGUUUUUGCGGGAGGCUCGGAGGAUCAGGAAGGCACGUGUCGGGUU